UUCGUGGUAGGCGAAGACACAUAGCACCACGUUAGGUUGAUCCCGUCAAAUGGGGAAACAUCGCCGCGUGGAAGGAGAGUCCGUGAAAAUUUGACAAUGAGAAAAAAAAUACAUAUGCGGAGUUUUAAUCAAUCUGUCAUGACUGAAACUAAGACCGUUUAAGUCCUAAAGAAAUGGAGGGACGUGCGCAAGAGAGACUGUGGGGAAAAUGGAAGGUUGUGUGUGGUUUGCAUAAUUACAACAUAAGGGAUGUGUUCACAUGGCAACUGCUGAAGACUGUGGCCAUGGGUCAGGUCUUGUCCCUGCUGAUCUGUGGGACAGCAGUGAGCUGUCAGUACUUGGCGGAAGCCAAGGUGGAGACGCCAAUGCUGCAGAGUUUCCUCAACUACGCCCUGCUGCUGCUCGUCUACACCACCAUCCUUAUCACACGGAAAGGUGAAAGAAACAUUGUACAGAUUUUAAAGACAAAAUGGUGGAAAUAUUUAGUGAUGGGUGUGGCAGACGUGGAGGCAAACUACGUAGUUGUACGAGCGUACCAGUUUACAACUCUGACCAGUAUCCAGCUGCUGGACUGUUUUGUGAUCCCAGUGCUGAUGCUGCUUUCCUGGAUGUUUCUGAAGACGCGCUACAGGCUGGUCCACUUUGUAGCUGUCGCUGUGUGUUUAUUGGGGGUGGGGACCAUGGUGGGGGCCGACAUUGUGGCCGGAAGAGAGCAGGGUUCUUCCUCUGAUGUUCUGCUGGGAGACGGCUUGGUUCUGCUCAGCGCCGUCCUCUAUGCUGUGUCCAACAUGUGCCAAGAAUACACAGUGAAGAACCUGAGUCGUGUGGAGUUCCUGGGCAUGAUGGGCCUUUUUGGGACAAUUAUUAGUGGCAUUCAGCUUGCUGUAUUGGAAAUCCCUGCAGUCUCAGCUAUAAAGUGGAAUCUUCACAUUUCCAUGUUGUUUGCGGUCUACGCUCUGUGCAUGUACGCCCUCUACAGCUUCAUGCCAGUGGUGGUGAAGUUAACCAGUGCUACUGCGGUCAAUCUCUCUCUGCUCACUGCUGACCUCUUCAGUCUGUUCUGCGGUCUAUUUCUCUUCCACUACAAGUUCUCAGCCUUGUACAUCGUCUCGUUCGUCAUCAUCACUGUUGGCUUCAUCAUGUUCAACGCCGUUCCCACCUACACUCCUCUGACUGACGAACCCGCUGAUCACUCGGCUGAUCCAGCGAGUCGGAGCGCUUCUGCUGCUACACACCUACUGACGGCGGACAGAGAAUCUCCAGGAACUGAGGCGGUCAUCGCCGUCGCUGCUCUUUGACAGAAACACACUGGAGACACAACAUAAUCUUAAUCAUAAGUUCAGCGAGACUGCAACAUGUAGAUAUGAAGAGACUUCAUUGCGACCUUAUGACAUUCAGUAUUUGAUUUUAUAAGAUUUUUUUUAUCUUCAUCGUACCAUUUCCCUCACCCUCAGCUGGGUUCUCAACCCCAGGGCUGUUUUACAGUAUUGGUGAAAAAUGCACUUACCAGAAAUCACACAAGGUCUGCUUUGGCUGGUAGAUGUACUGAGUCCAUAUUUAUAAAAACAUUUUUAUGAAAAAAUAUUGUUUUAACUGCACAUGUAUGGUCUGUAUUGUUUACGCUGAAACUGAUUUGUUACCUGUUUUACUAACAUGUUUUUUUGUAGGUUUGUUCAAAUCAACGGGUUAAUUAAUUUGUAAAAAAUGAUUCUAAAUGAAAAUUUUAAUCUAUUAUAACGUAUUGAAACAAUGACAUGUGUGGUAUAUCCAGUUAUCGGUGCUCUAAUAAACAGUCACUACACACUUAAUCAAAUACACAGAUUUUAAGAGCUUAAAAUAACAUCUAAUCCAGUGGAGAUAUCAACUUCUGGUCCGGUGGGGAGCUGUUUUGUUUGUAUUAUCAAAUAUUGUAGGUUGGGUGCCUUUCUCUAAAUUUUUAUAAUAAAAUAAUUUUUUAUAUA